UGUAACAUUAUUACUGUUGUUGUUACAUUAAUUAACCAAAAAGAGGAAAAAUGAAAAAAGAAAAAAACAGUGGAGGAUCUGGAAUGUAGGGCCACGUGCUAUAAUGUGGCCCGACCCGGCCCGACACAGUGGAGCCGAGAUGGACAGCAUGGUUGGGGCCAGGGACGGCAAACGGGCCCAGGUUGUUCCAGUCCGGCCCGGAUCGGCCCAACACUCCCGCGGCCGUCCCCACCACCUCCUUCCUUUCGUGCGGUGAACAAAACGUCCCACUGGGGCGUCCUUGGCCCCAGAAAACCCUCUCCACAGUCUCGGAUGUUCUAAUUUAAUUGAGAAGCAUAAGAAUUUGUUGGCACUCUGCACUUACAUGAUUUAUUAUUAUAACUUGCACUGCAUUCGUAAGGGGUGGAGGGCCAUCGAAAUGGGCGCGGAUUGUCUAAUCCCCGUGCGCUCGAUCCCGCACGUCCACUUGAUGGCUUUUAUGCUUUAUGUAUCGGAUGAACGGUAGGAUCAUCCGGUGCGCGCACGGGGCGGCAGGGAAUUCGAGCCCCGGUAAGAAUUAGGAGGACGUAAAAGAGUCCGAAAUAGUUAAAAAGUUGGGAUGUAGCCCCGCGUGGUAAAGAAGGAAUGAUUAAGAGCUAAUUAAUCACUUUAGGAGAUGUAAAAGUAGGCAGGCAUCUCUCAUUUCCUAUAUACCGAGACCGAGGGGGAAACAUAGACACAAGGGAGACAUAAUAUUAAGAGGCGGGCUGCAUCGAGAGGGGUUCAAGAGGAAACAGAGAAAAGACCAAGUGCCAGUUCCUAAUACUCGUUUGAGUCUCUCUCUCUCUCUCUCUCUCUCUCUCUCUCCCACUUCCCCACUCCCUUUCCUUGUUGGGGCAAAAUCAUCAGCAAGAAUGGCAUGAACUGAACAUUAAUGAGGCGAUGUGUGCUCUCUCUCUCUCUCUCUCUCUCUCUCAUGUCGAAGUGGCCCCACAUUCCCCCUUCUCCCUCGUCUCCCUAAAACUCGAACCGUAGGAGGAGGAUUAGAGAAGUGAUAACAUACCUGUUUCCAAUCUUUUAACCAAAUUAGUUUUAGUAUUGUGUGGAAGAGGAGGAGGAGGAGGAGGAGCCUCUUUGGGUUCUUCGUAGCCUAUAUGAGAAUUCUACUAUCUGCAGCCAGAAGCAGCACCAGAGCUCGCCUCCUCCCCCGCCUUCCGAAUCCGAUGCCGGCAGCGGCGGUCGGACCCACCGCCCACCAUCGCCAAACUAAUGAAUACGGACUUCGGGAGCAGAGGUGGUAUAGCAGCGGCGGCGGCGGUGCUGAUAGUAGUAAUUGGCACGGGAGGAGGAUGGGGAGGGGGAAGGAGAGGGUGGUGGUGAUCAUGGGGGCGACGGGGACGGGGAAGACGAAGCUGUCGAUCGAGGUGGCGGGGCGGCUCGGCGGGGAGGUGGUGAACACGGACAAGAUCCAGGUGUACGGCGGUCUGGACAUCACCACAAACAAGGUGCCGCCGGCCGACCGCCUCGGCGUCCCGCACCACCUCCUCGGCGUCGUCCACCCCGCCGCCGGCCAGCUCCCCAACUCCUUCAUCCACGCCCUCCUCGCCCGCGACUUCCGCCCCGGCGACCCCGACCCCUUCCGACCGGGCCCAGCGGCGGCGGCGGCGGCGGCGGUCCCCAUCCGAUACGACUGCUGCUUCCUGUGGGUCGACGUGGAGGAAGGGGUUCUGGCGGAGCAUCUGGAUAGGCGGGUGGACGAGAUGGCGGCGGCGGGGAUGGUGGAGGAGCUGAGGGACUACUUCGAAAGGAGGAGGAGGAGCAGCAGCAGCAGCAGCAGCAGCAGCAGCAGCAGGGGCGACCGGGGCGACUACUCCGGAUUGGAGAAGGCGAUCGGGGUUCCGGAGUUCGCGGGGUACUUCGCGGGGCGGAAGACGCUGGGGGAGGCGGUGGCGGAGAUAAAGACGAACACGCGGAGGCUGGCGGAGGCGCAGGUGGGGAAGAUUCGGCGGAUGCAGGGCGAGUGGGGCUGGCCGCUGAGGCGGCUCGACGCCACGGAGGCAGUGCUGGCGCGCCUCGCCGGGGACGGAGGAGGAGAGGCCGACGCCGUGGCGGCCGCGUGGGAGCGCGACGUGCUCGGCCCCGGGCUGAAAGCCGUGCAGGAAUUUUUGUCGAGAAACGCCAAUGCCGACGCAGAAGAGGACACAGAGGACGAGACGGCAGCUCCCGAGGCGGAGGCGGAAGAAGUGCAGGCGGUGGUGCAGCAGCUGCUCUCGUCAGUCUGCUAAAUAAGACAGCGUGCUAGCUCGUCAGCUGAGAAUGUUGCAGCAGUAAAGUGGUUUGCUGUUCUCUUCAUUCCCUGCUUUCUCUGAGGCAGGGGCCCGUCAUCUUACACACGCCCUUCUUCUUCUUCCUCUUCGCAAUCUCCUGUGCUGCUGCUACUUUUUUGGGUUUUCUUUUUUAAUUUAUUUGAUCUCUAAAGUUUAAAAA